AUGAUCAUCCAUGGAAAGAACAGUUGCAUGUUUGUCUCCUGGCUGAGGUACAUUGUCAAGACAGCCGCAUUUCGAUCGUACAGGAGUCUCCUCCUUGUCUUCCUGCGACUGAUCCGAUACUGUCAAUCUAUCGUGAACGGGAAGGAAAAAGAUUUUCGCCAACGGUCUGGCGGUUUAGCAUUGAGCUCUCAGCCAGGGAUCAAUCAACCCAGCUCCGAGCCGGCGCCUCCUGUGAGCCUUGCAGUGCCGUUGCUCGAGGCACCUCUACAAAGUCUACACAGCUGGGAGUCCCAGCCGAGAGUGAACAUCCAGAAUCUUCAGAUGCUAACUCCCGGACUUCGUGGAGGGUUAAAUGACGCAGGUUUUAAUGCAGACUCUCCCCCGAACUCUUCUGUGCCAUCGAGGCCAAGCUCUGCAUCCGAACCCAGCAUCCCCGAAAUGGGUAUUGCCACGCCACUGCCUCUUGCGGCACCAGGCCAGACCUUUGAUAUCAUUCUCACUCCCAUUACACCCCAACAAGUCAACCGAUACCAAAGGAAUGUGCGAGUUAAAGGUGAGUAUGAGGCGUUCUUGGUCGAGGAAGGUCCUUUGGACUGUUCAGAGGAGAUUGCUCUGGUAGCGGGAUGGGAGCCGCUCACGCAACCAGAAGGGGCUUUGAUCUUCUAUCAGUCGUGUAAAAGAGUUUUCACUGACGCCAAUGUUCGAAAUCCUGGAACUGCAGUCAAAAUUGAGAAAGCUGUUGAGAAAGCCUACGAAGAAGCGCGCAACGCAAGCAUCCCCUUGGAUCCAUUCAUCGAGCUAGGAUUAGAGCUCAUGGUGGAGGAUGGCGAAGAAAUGUGGGGCUACUACUUUGUUGACCACGAAAGACGCGUCAUUUUCUGGUUCGAAGACCACAGAUCAUAUCACCUUAUGAACAAUGUUCGGGGUGUGGAGCGCAAGAGCCAUAUCAAGUAUGCACUAGAAUCGCAGUAUUGGAAACACAUUGAGCUAUUUCCAAACCGACGCUUUCUUCCGGAAGACAUUGUCGUGGAACUCAAAGAACUCGUCCUGUUUGCUCAGGCAGACAGCAUCACUUCUUCAACAUCCCUAACAUAUUUGACUUCGGACCAGAUCGCAAGUGUUCUCAGCCUCGUCGAUCUUCUUACAUCGAGUGCUAACAAGACGCGCGAGCAUUCCGUGUGGAUCGCCGCUCGAUUCAUGGGAGAUUUCUGCAACACAAAGUUUGUGAAUUUCUGUGGACAACCAGGUGCCCGACUUGACGUAGACCAAUCGUUAUACGGAGAAUCCGACGCCUCCUCGAAAAACAUGAUUUUUCGUGCCAUGAAUGCUAUUCUGUUUGGAUCCCCUGGUGCUCAGAGCAGGGCCUUCCACAAGAUAUUGGUCGACCGACGCAUUAUUAAUGCGCGGUGGAAGCAGUACAUGGACAAGCUGAAUAGCGAUUGGAAUGGAUAUACGAUAUUUUCUACUGUGAUGCUUGCUGUCGAUAUCAGCUUUCUCUCGGUCCCAUCUGUCCAGACCCAAUCGCCUGCGAUCCUUCUAUCUUACAUGUCCACCCUCUGCGCCUUGGGCUCGUUAAUAGCUACACUAUUAUUAGUUGGACAAGUUAAUAAGAGCCUACGAGGUUCCCCUAAAGCAAUAGUUUCUUUCUUAGUAGGAAUGGCGGGUUCUGUGCUCGGCUUCGAAAGCUUUCCCCUUAUGCUUAGUCUGCCGUUCGGACUUCUGAUUUGGGGAAUAGUAUUCUUUGCUGCAGCAUUGUCUGUUGUGAUUUUCCGCACUUCUGGCAUUGUCAUCUUCUCGAUUGCAUAUCCGGUGUGGGUCGCCAUAGUCGUUCUAGCGAUGUGGCCCAUACUGGCUGCAAAUCGUAUUCACAUUGGGUCCCUCCUGCGGGACUGGCUUCGCAUGUGGUACCACCGGCUUUCCGUGUGGUAUUGGAUCAUAGGACAACGCGCCUCUCACUUGUGGCAUACGAUCAUAGAACAAGUGCCACUUAUGGUCACCACCCCCUCUCAAGUCUAA